AUGAAACCAAGUGACACCAUUGAUAGUGUAACAGAAAUGAUAGAAGAUAAACAAGGUAUUCCUUCUGAUCAACAACGGCUUAUUUUUGCUGGCAAGGCAAUGUUAAGUGGACGUACCUUGAGUGAUUACAAUGUUCAAAAGGAGUCCACAUUGCAUCUUAUACAUAGAUUAUGUGGAGGAAUGUUUCAGGAAACCAGUGGACGCCUAGAAUUCAGUGUAUUACCGCCACUUACACAAUACCUGCAGCUGCAAGCUCCUGAAAUACAUAUGCAAGGUAGAUCUCAUGUUGGUAUUGUUUGUAAUCAUUGUGGUAAAAAAGAAUGGAAAGGUGCAAGGUUUAACUGUUCAACAUGCCUUGAUUAUGACUUGUGUUAUGAGUGUAUCAAAAUGGCCAACUUGCUUCAUGAUAAGCAACAUAAUUUUGUGGAAUACUUGUAUCCAGUAAAUGAAAAAGAUACUCCAAAAAAAGAUAUCACAACUAAUCCUAUUACUGAGGAAAAGCGAAGAAUGUCACCAGAAAUGCAACAACAAUAUUACAAAGUUGGAAGCGAUCCCACAUCUGGCAAGGACUGGAUGGAUGUCACUGAUCAAAUGCAACAUGAGUUAGUUCGAGAGUUUGGUUACUCGGAUGAAGCUGUGCAAUUAUUAAGACGUGCUCCACAACUUUAUCAAGGAUAUGCAGAUUUCUACAUGAUUCAAAUUCGUGAAGCACAUGCCAGUGAUGUUUGGCCUAUUGGUAAUAUUGUUGAUGUUAAAGAGCACCGUACAUUGGAAGAACGAUUAGCAGCUGCACGUGAAAUGGUUAAAGCUACUGAUCUGAAGAUUCCUGUGCUUGCUGAUACAAUGGAUAAUAAUUUUUUGAAGUUGUAUUCACCUUGGCCAUUCCGAUUUUUUGUAAUUGUAGAUGGUAUUUUGAAACUUGUUGGAAUGCCAAAAGAAGCACGAUAUGAUACAACAGAUCUAGUCAAUUGCUUGGACACUCUUAUUUAA